UCACACACACUCCGUGCAUCAACCAUGGGACUGAAACAAAUUCUUGCUCAGCUGAUCACCGUGGCCUGUGUGUUCCUGCUUCUCCUCCAAGUUCAGGGACAAGACUCAGCCAGACCCAUCAGGACCACACACACAGGACAGAUACAAGGCAGCCUUGUCCACAUGAAGGGCCUAGAAGGGGGUGUCCAUACUUUCCUGGGAAUUCCCUUUGCCAAACCACCUGUAGGACCACUGCGUUUUGGACCCCCUGAGCCACCUGACCCGUGGAGUGGUGUGAAGAAUGGGACCUCCUAUCCAGCCAUGUGUCUACAGGACAUCACUGCAAUGAACAUGCAGGCUCGUAAGCUGUUGAAGCUGACCUUGCCUCCCAUACCCAUGUCUGAGGACUGCCUGUACCUUAACAUCUAUACACCAGAUCAUGCCCAUGAAGGUUCCAACCUGCCUGUGAUGGUAUGGAUCCAUGGUGGUGCACUGGUUAUAGGCAUGGCUUCCUUGUAUGAUGGAUCCAUGCUGGCAGCCAUUGAGGAUGUGGUAGUGGUCACUAUCCAGUACCGCUUGGGUAUCCUAGGCUUCUUCAGCACUGGAGACCGUCAUGCUAGAGGCAACUGGGGAUACCUGGACCAAGUAGCUGCCCUACGCUGGGUCCAGCAGAAUAUUGCUCACUUUGGAGGCAACCCUGACCAGGUCACCAUUUUUGGCGAGUCUGCAGGAGGCACUAGUGUGUCAUCCCAUGUAGUAUCCCCCAUGUCCCAAGGACUCUUCCACAGAGCCAUCAUGGAGAGUGGAGUGGCCCUGAUGUCAAGCCUCAUCUCAAAAUCCUAUGAAGUAGUAUACAGAAUGGUUGCCAACCUGUCUGGAUGUGAGCAGGUGGACUCAGAAGCUGUGGUGAGCUGUCUACGAGACAAGAGUGAAGAGGAGAUUAUGGCUAUAAACAAGGCCUUCAAGAUCAUUCCUGGCAUAGUGGAUGGUAUCUUCCUGCCCAAGCAUCCCAAGGAGUUGCUGGCCUCUGCUGACUUCCAGUUUGUCCCCAGCAUUAUUGGUGUCAAUAAUGAUGAGUAUGGCUGGAUCAUCCCCUCGAGCAUGAGCACUACUGACUCCCAAAAGGAAAUAGACAGACAGACCGUGCAAGCUAUCCUGCAGAGAAGGGCAGCACAGAUGAUGUGGCCUCCUGAAUUUAGUGACCUGCUGAUGGAGGAAUACAUGGGGAACAAUGAGGACCCUCAGCUUCUCCAAAUGCAGUUCAAGGAGAUGAUGGAAGACUUCAUCUUUGUGAUCCCUGCAUUGCAAGUAGCACAUUUUCAGCGUUCCCAUGCCCCUGUAUACUUCUAUGAGUUCCAGCAUCGGCCCAACUUCUUCAAGGACUCCAAGCCAUCCAAUGUGAAGGCUGACCAUGGUGAUGAGAUACUCUUCGUCUUCAGAUCAUUUUGGGGGGCACCCAAGGUGAUUGACCUCACUGAGGAAGAGGAGUUGCUGAGCAGGAUGAUGAUGAAGUACUGGGCCAACUUUGCACGACAUGGGAACCCCAACAGUAAAGGCCUGCCUACCUGGCCCAUGUUUGACCAUGAUGAGAAAUACCUGAAGCUGGACAUCCAGCCUUCUGUGGGCCGGGCCCCGAAGGCUGGAAAGCUGCAGUUCUGGACCAGGACUCUGCCCCAGAAGAUCCAGGAGCUAAAAGAGGUUGAGGGCAGGAAUGGAGAAUUGUAGCACCUUGAGUCAAGUUGCAGCUUGUCCUGAGUUCAAGUGGGUUUAUUCUGAGGUUUCCAAACACCUUAAGAAGAGAUAUAAGGGAUCCACACUUUUAUGUAGUCAUCAGGUUCAUACACCCAACAAUUGUGAAGUAUCCUCUACAUGACAUAUGUUCCCUACUAAGACUGAUAUGAGUCACUUCUGUUACACACAGCAAGCAUACAGGAGGCUAUUGAUGGGGGAAUCCCAGUAGACAAUACCUUCUUCCAUGCUGCAGUAGGCACAUGUCCCUCCCUCUCUUACCUUACCUCUGCCCACCUCCUUUCCUCUCCUUUCACAUCUCAGUGUUGUACCUUGGUGAGGAUUCCAAUAUGAGUGACUGAAUUCCUUUUUCACAUCUCAGCAAGAUCUUGUUCUCUAAUAUAUAGGGACAAACUUUAAAAGAACAUAGUAAAAGCCCCAAGAGUUCAUUAUGGAGCAAUCACACUAUUAUCACAGUGAGGUGGCUUCAACACAACAGAAAUUCAUUGCUAUCUGGAAGCUGAAAGUUCUGGUGGUGGUGACACCAAUUUGAUAUCAAACAAGGAAUUACUCUCUGAAUUGUGGGUAGUACUUUGCCCUUCCACCCUGAGCCAGAAAACAAGUUCCCAUAGGCUCCAUUCAUAUUAAAAUAUUCCUUUAGGCUCUAUUCCUAAAAACAAGUUUCUACAGGCCCAAUUCAUAUAAGCCCCAUAUUAGCUCAUCCUCUAUUGUUAUAACAGAAGAUCUUAGCCAAUAACAUACAAGAAGAAGAGUUUCUGAGCUAAGAUGGCUCAGAGUUAAGGGUACAAGCCAUCAAGCAUAACAACAUGAAUUUGAUUCCCAGGACCCACACAAUAGGAGAGAACUGACUUCCCACAUUGUCCUCUGACCUUCACAUAUGUUUUGUGGUUCUAUGGUGCACACACA